CUAUGCAGGUAGUCAGGGAGAAUUGAGAAAUGCCCCUUCCUCCAGCCUUAGCUGCUCGAUUGGCAAAGAGAGGUCUCAUUAGGAAAACUGAUCCAGAUGAAGAAAUUAUAGCAGAAGAUUAUGAUGACUCUGAUGGCAAAAAAGAUGCUGACAGAGACAACCAGGCAGGGGAAUGCCCCAACUGCCCCAACAAGUACAACAUCUACCACCAGUGUUCCAAGUUUUGCUGGAAUACAUGGGAAGCAGCCAGGAAACCGAAUCCAGACGACGAGAAGAGACGGAUCCACAUGCUGCUGAAAUACCCACUUCCUCCUGGUUGGAGAGAGGCUCUUGAUCCUGGAACGGGGAGAUUCUAUUACUGGAAUGUGGACAAUGGGUAUGUGUCAUGGCUUUCCCCAAUGCAUCCAAGGGCUGUGAUCGGUCCCUGUGCCAGCAGGAUCAGAAGUGAGCUUCCCCCGUCAUACAAGAAUGAACCUCAGAAUGAACAGGGAGUUGCCCAGGAAGCAAUGGAACAGGGCAGUGACUAUGACUCCGAUGAAGACGAGCGGAGAUCGCGAAAGAAAGACCGGGGUGCAUCCCGACGAGACAGAGACAGAGAUCGCGAUCGCGAUCGCGAAAGAGACCGUGACCGCGACCGCGGUCGAAGAGGUCGUGCCAAGCCAGACGAAUUGGACCCAAUGGACCCAGCUGCGUACUCCGAGGCCCCGAGAGGAACGUGGUCGACGGGUCUUCAGAGAAGAAACGAAGCCAAGACUGGAGCGGACGAGACAGCCUCGGGACCCCUAUACCAGAUGCGGCCCUAUCCGAGCCCUGGUGCCGUGUUGAGAGCUAACGCCGAGGCACGCAGGAAGUGAUCUCAAAGAUACGGUUUGGACGGUGUAUGUUCUUUGUGUCCUGUUUAAUCCAUCGUUUCCUUCGCCUUAUUCAAGGUUUUUUUUAUCGG